AUGCCACGUCGACGCCGCCCUCCUCGACCUGGCGCCCUUGCUGACCUUUCUCCAACCCGGAUCCUCACUCAGAUCGUCCUCCUCCAACUGGCAUACUAUGCAUGCGCCGCAAUACUCAUUAUCUUCACUGCGCUGGUAGCAGGCAAGGAGGUCAGCAUUGACCUCCUAUUUAGUUGGCGCACGUUACGCGGCGACACUACGGUUGGUUGGACACUGGGGCUGGUUUGGGUGUUGAACAGCCUCACUUGUGCCAUAUUUAUCUUGUUUCUUAUUGCGCGUUCAAAACUAGUACUUGACUUCGCUCUGACCGUACACUUCAUCCACCUCGUCGUUACAUCCUUCUAUUCGCAUGCGAUACCUGCCAACUUAUUUUGGUGGGCGCUGCAAAUGUGCAGCGCAACCAUCAUGACCUCCCUCGGCGUAUGGGCUUGCCAGCGGCGCGAGCUGAGGCCCAUUGAAUUCGGUAGCAAGACACCAGCUACUACACUACCACCUGCGGAUGAAGAAGCCGAGGAGUCUAGGGGUAGAGGGAGAGGCAGAGGACGGGAUGGAGCAGGGGAUUACGAGUUAGUGGGCAUGAACGACGGUGGUAGUAAUACCUGA